GACACUUUGUACAAAUGCGUCUUCCAAAUACAUACAUAAAAAAAUGAAAAUGUGUUUUCUAACUUUAAAAUGGCAUGACCAUCAUGUAUUUACCAAACAUCCCACAGACUUUUGAUAGAUAUAUCAGAUCUGCUCCUAAAUCCGAAAACAUCAACCUCAUCAAAUAUUUUCCAAUACGGUAUGUAAUAAAGCCUCACAAAUCAAUGUUCUCAAACUGCAGAUAGACGUAUCAAAGUUGCUCCUGAAAGUAAAACAUCAGCACAGUAAAGCACUCGCACUCUUGCGAUUAAAAACAAGAACAUCCUGUUGAGUAAGCGUAGAAGAGAUUGCAAAAUUGUGUUAUUAAAGUGUGAAACCACAGCUAAGGGACAAAAUGGAAAGGAGCUUGAGUUUCCUAUUAUGUCUUAAUGUCUGGGUGCUGGGUUUUUGUUCAACUCUGGAUGGCGCCCAGCACCAAAGCCUAACGCUUUUUAGCCCCAUGGGGGAUGAAUAGCUCCUCUGACAUCAAGAGUCCUGCAAAGCAAGAGAUGGGACAUCCCAAAACAUCACCUAGAGAAAGGGCCAUGUCACCCUCUGAUUCUACACAAUCAACACCUUUCUACGUUCUCGUAACAUCAGCCCAGUGUCCCUCUACUUAAGCUUCCAUUGGUGCUUGUGUAGUAAUGUUUUUCCCAGAGUUCCUUUUGGGGGAAGGGGUUGGUCAGAGGCCUUUAAUGUGUUGCUUUACUCUUUUCCUGAGUUUGGUUUUGACUAGCAAGUCCUGGUGGCUUUUGAAGUUGUCAUAGUAAUUUGCAUGUCAACCUCUGAUUGGGGAGGAAGGACAAUGGAAGAAACCAGAGUUCAAAACAAACUGCUUUCUCACGUUGUCACAUUGACUGCUUUGAUGCAUGAACAACUGGGGUCGUUAAAGCCAAAGGGAGUUAGACAGCAGUCUUGAAAGAGUGUUUGUGUUGUUGUUUGUGUAGUAUUUAUGCUCACUUAGAUCUUUUCUCACUUCCCUUAUCUUGUGUCUUGUGCCUCUAUUCUUAGAUUUAACUUCCUUGAUCUUUGUGUUAAAAGGCUGUGGCCUACCUUGAGAAGAUGCGAAUGCCUGUGUGCAUGCAUAUGUUGCCUUGUGGUUUCAGAUGCGCAUGUUUUGUUCACGAGUUAUGGUUUUGUUUCUCUCAAAUGGGUUCCAUGCCAGGCAAGGAUGGAAACACAGUCUAGAGAACAAAAUAAAGAGCAAACCAUCAAUCAUAGGCUGUUUCUUUACAUCCAACACGCUGGUAAAUCUCAGAUUGGGAGCAAAUUGCAUUAAGGGAAUGCACAACCUCCACUGCAUGAACCCAGUAAUGCCUCGAAGACUAAAGAAACCAGACGAAGAUUGAAAUCGCUGAUUGAAUUGCUGUAUUAAAAUUUUCCAUUUGUGCAUUCAAAGUCCAGAAUAAUUAGGUCUUAUGGAAUCCUAUGUAGCCAUGGAUGCCGUCUCACCUCCUGUUGCCCUGGAGAUGGGGGUGGGUCUUUUGUGCCAGCUGUUCCAGAUGUGGGAUCAGGUGUCUGCUGGCAUUGUAAAUUUGAUAGAAUGGCUUCUGGGAGAUGAACAGUUGGAAACAAGUUGUGAGGAGUCACCUGAACUGGAUGAAGAGUUCCUCUUUGAGAAGGGAGAUCUGAACCUAUGGGCAGAGCCUAUGUUAUGGGCACGGAUGUUGCACAGACACCUAUCUGCCCUCUCAGGUGUGCCACCCUCACCUGCCAUCAGCCCUGCAGAGCUGGAACGAUUAUCAGCCGUUGCAAACAGCAAUGCCCUGGCUGCUCAAUAUGCAAAGAAAGCCGUCCCUACACUGCCCCAGUUUUCGGCCACCAUUGAGUAUGCCAAGAUAGCGCUGCUACAAGAGAGAACCUCACUCACUCAGAAUGUUCUAGAUACACUUAGACAAGCACUUCUCAGAUAAAUUUGUAAGAUACAGAAAAUGAAAGUGGUGUAGUAUAUUAUGAACCUAUUUUACUCACAGAGGUUUUCCUGUUUAAGAGAUGUGUGCACAGGCAUGACAUUGACCGCAAACUUUUUUUUUUUUAUACAGUGGUUUUAUUAUAAUCAUUUGACUAUGGACUUACUUGUAUUCAAUGGUGUGUAUGUUUGUAGGUUUACAAAUUUGUAGCCAGUAUUUGGUCAAAUCUGACAAAAACUAUAUACAGUAUAUACAUGCAUACAUACACACACGAUUGGUAUUUGUUAACAUUAUGUAACUAUAUUAGAAAAUACUUUUACUGCACUUAUAAAUAGUGGUUAAUGUCAACAUGUACUUAUACAUUUUUGCAAUAUUGAAAAAAUAAAAUAAAGUUGUAUAUGUUAACAUUUGUUAAUGUGUGAUGAACAAACAAUGAACAAUGGUAUUUUGAUACAUUUACAUUAACCAAGAUUAAUAAAUGCUGUACAAAAAUAUUGUUGAUAGUUCAUGAUACUUAG